AUGUUUUCACGACGAGCUCGCUUUUCCCCAUUUACGCUCACUAUGGAAUCCUGCCUUUUUUCGUCUAGUGGCACUCGUGCUCCGUCCACUAUUCCGGCUGUAGCUUCUGACAAGCGGGAUGGCGAAGCUGAAAUUUCCAUGAAAGAAGACGAUGCCAUAAAUGUUGCCGCAGAGAGGAGGUUACUCAGACGACUCGCCCUUCGAAUAAUGCCAGUUUCGUAUGUCGCUAGCGAUAAUACUGUACACAUUCACCCUUACAUCUCUCGUGUUAGCGAUUUUUUGACGUAA